AUGGGCUCGGUAUUACCUGCAGAGGCUUUAGCCUUAAAGUCUGGAUUUAAAUGCCAGAGUCGAUCCUUGUCUGAUAUUAUCACCUCAGAUAUUCUGCACAGUUUCCUGUAUGGACGGUGGAGAAAUGUGAUCGGGGAGCACCUGAUGGAGGAGAGGCAGAGCAGCAUCGGUCCCAAGACAGCCUUCACGGCUGAGGUCCUCGCGCAGUCGUUCGUUGGAGGUAAUUGACUCUUUUGGAAUUCUUCCAAUGAUUUCUGUACGGGCAACCAGCCACUAGGCCUAAAUAAUGUAUAGCCUAGGCCUAUCUGUUGUAAUUUUUAACAUCUUAACGCUUGUCUCGUUAAAUGUAGCCUAAUUAUUAUAAUACCAAAUUGUGACAAAUAGGCUAUAACCUGGGUGAAAUCUUUAAAAAUAUAUAUGGUUAAUUUUAUUAGGCUGCAAAACGACCUCCAAAAAACCAAUACCCUCAACAUGUUGACUCAACCUAGAUUUAUUUUCCAUUUCACAAUUUCUCUGUUAUUUUAACAAGUGUCCCUCUUGUUAACCAUAAUUAACUAAAACGCGUGUAAAAUAGGCAUUUGGUAAGAAUGUAUUCAACACAAGAACCUCAGUGAGGUCUCAUGUGUCAUUGAGAGUGAACCAAAAAAAGUGGGAACCUUCACUCCUCUGUUCUAGAUUUCUUCCCAAGGUCUCUGUGACUUUCUCAUUACUGUUCUCCCGUAUUUUCAUUCUUUGGCCCUUUUAUUUCAACCCAUUUAGCGCAUUAAACCAUUUAGUGCUUUGAGACCUUGCAUUUAGAAGCUUGUUAGGCGUGUAACUGUUGCUGACUGAAAGACGAAGGGUAUUAAACUCAUUUGGUUAACUUUGUGCUUGACCUGAGAAAGUUUCCACUUAAACCGAAGGGAGAGAAAGGUUCCCUUUCUUUGAGAUGUCCCGGGUUUUAUCCCGCAUUCAUCAAUCUCCGGACAGUCUCUUUUCCUCUUUUGGCAGCUAUGGGCUCCGGCGCUUUUCUCUUUCUCUCGCCUUAAAAGAUUUCUGUUCCUCAGAUAAUGCGCCGUGAAGGCUAAUUCUAUUGCCAUUCAUACCAUGUCAACCAUCUAAUCGCCUUUCCAUUUUUUUGUUUGAGAAAUUCCUGGGCCUUUUAAACAAGUCCUCAUUUCAUUCAGCGCAAUUUUAUUGCUACAAAGUUCUUAAAAGGAUAAUGAAUUUGGAAUUAGCCGUUUCUUUCCAGUAGGGUAUAAUGAAUAUCACAUCUGAAGCAUGACAAAUGGCUGGACCCUGAGCAAUAGAAGACCAUUUAACCUCUCUCCAAGCCGUCUUUUCGCAGUCCCAAAUACAUUUUCUUUGAUUCUGACAUUAAAGAAACCCAAGAGUUUUCUUUAAAAAAAUUGAAUGAGGAUGAAAAUGCUUGCGAGGGUUUUUUCUUUGAAACAAUAACUUUCAAUUCAUCCAUUUAAUCGAAUUAAACGGUGGAUGAGAUGUUAGGCUACCUAAUAUUUCGUGACCAAAAUAAGAUGCAAUCUAUUUGCUGUGUUGGCAAUUACAAAAUGUAAACACCUAAUUCGUAAGACGCUUAAAUAAUAUUUUAGACCACCCAUGUAAAAAUAUAUAUUUGUUCAAAUUAAUGUUUUUUUUAUCAAAACGCUAUCAAAGCAUCAUAUUUAAAAUGUAUUCACAAUGCCUGACUUAAACCACUCCUAUCCUCAACGUAUUUUAGGCAAAUUGUUUAGCUUGGGUAGGCCUUCUAUUUCAUGCAUUUCACAUUAAUGCAUUUAUAACCAUGGGAUUAACCAAAUUAACAGGUUUAAUGAAUUGUACACAGCAGUCAAAUAACCUACUAUUUUUCUGUUUGCAGAGGUCCAGAAGCUGUCUAGCCUGGUGCUGCCCAGUGAGGUGAUCAUUGCCCAGAGCUCUAUCCCUGGCGAGGGCCUGGGCAUCUUCUCCAAGACCUGGAUCAAGGCGGGCACAGAGAUGGGUCCAUUUACUGGCAGGGUCAUCUCCCCUGAACAUGUGGACCUGCUGAAGAACAACAACCUCAUGUGGGAGGUGAGAAUAAUCUGGGCAGCUACUGUAUCUAGGGACUGAACUGCUUUCACAAUUAGGCAGGAGAAUAACAGCAAUGAAUCUCUGUAUGCCAUGUUUUUGUGAAGGAAGCACAUGUGCAAGGGGGCAUAAUUGGUCUUGUUCACCAGUAAGCUGUAUGUAUAAGCGGCUAUGUCACACAUGGACAAUAAUAAUACCCACUGGGCAAAGACAUCAAUUCAAUGUCAAUUCCACAUUGGUUUAAAGUAAUUUCAUUAAAAUAAUGUGGUAACAACUUUGAUUCAACCAGUGUGUGCCCAGUGGGUAAUGAUUUGCGUUAAAAUUGUACCAGACUCCUAACCUCUUGCUGUUGAUCUCAGGUGUUCAACGAGGAUGGCACGGUGCGCUACUUCAUCGAUGCCAGUCAGGAGGACCAUCGCAGCUGGAUGACCUACAUCAAGUGUGCCCGCAACGAGCAGGAGCAGAACCUGGAGGUGGUGCAGAUCGGUAGCAGCAUCUUCUACAGGGCCGUGGAGGUGAGAACCAAGCCAGAUACUGUCACUCACAACUCUGACAUGCAGCCUUCACAAGGACCGUUGAAAGCGUGUGGUGGCUGCCAUGACAAGUUCUGCAGUUAAGCCCAUUCGUUUGUAGGCCUUCUUUGUUGGUGUAGAAUCUAUAGACUGUAUAAAAGGGUAAAAUCUCCCCUAGCCUGUAUAGGGCAACCUAUUUCAGCUGCUGAAUAGCACAACCUGCUGUCUGUACAGAGAUCUGCGACUCUUGAUGUGUAACGCAAAGCUGGUGGAGAGUAUCAUCGGAACAAAGAAUCCUUCUUUAACAUUCAUCCUCUUGCUCUCUACAGACUAUCCCUCCAGACCAGGAGCUGCUAGUGUGGUACGGAAACUCCCACAACACCUUCCUUGGUAUUCCUGGCGUUCCCGGUACAGAAGAAGAGCAUCAGAAAAAGAGCCGUAAUGGUGAGAUCCCUUUUCCUCUCGCUAUGGGGGUUAGAGAACCAGAUCACUGUCUGACUCAGGCCCCUUUACCUGUGGGGCCGGUGUGUUGUGGUCUCUGCUGCAGCCAACAUAUUUACAUCACUCUUAUUUAUUUCAAACUACUGCAAAUAGACUGAUUCUAUUCCAUGUCAAAAUCAACAUUUUAUAUGUGUCACAUCAGUUAAUGAAUUAAAGAUCUCACCUUCCCUCUGUUUCUCCUUCCCCUUCAGAGGACUCCCACUCAUGUGACGGCUCAUCAUCUUGCUCCCCCUCCUCCUCCUCCUCCUCUUCCUCCUCCUCUUCCUCGUCUGCGACCAGCCGCAUGCGUUGCGUCAUCUGCCACCGGGGCUUCAACUCGCGUAGUAACCUACGCUCCCACAUGCGCAUCCACACCCUGGACAAGCCGUUCGUCUGCCGCUUCUGCAACCGCCGCUUCAGCCAGUCGUCCACCCUGCGCAACCACGUGCGACUGCACACCGGAGAGCGACCCUACAAGUGCCACGUGUGCCAGAGCGCCUACUCCCAACUGGCAGGGCUGCGGGCACACCAGAAGAGUGCCAGGCACAGACCAGGGGCAGGGGGCGCAGACACUUCCUCUCAAGUCUCACCUCCACCCCCACCGAUCAGCAGCCUGUCCCAACAGCAGGUCCCCCUUGUUCACCAUAUCCCCACCAUGGUGCUAUGA